UUAGUGCCACCAUGAUGUCUAAAAACGUUUUGACACAAUGUAUGUUAUCUUUUUCUACAUGGACACCACAGACACCUACACUUCUGCUUGCUUUAUUAGCUGGCAUUUCCUCAUAGCUCUACCACAGCAUCUAACCAUGCAGCAGCUCAACUCAUCAAACAGCUCGCUCACCACUCCUGUCUCAACUGAAAGCCUGAUUGCCAGUAGUGUGCUGGCAGUUUGCUUCAUACUGGGAGUCCCUGCUAACAUAGCAGUAAUGGUACGUCUUGCUGGAUGGCUGAAGAGAGACAGUUUCACCCCGAGACUGAUGCUAAGCCUGGCCGUAUCAGAUGUGCUCACUCUGCUUUCUCUGCCAGUUUGGAUUUGGGCUCGUCUGCAUGGCUGGGUCUUUGGCUUGGUCCUGUGUAAGCUUCUCUCCUAUUUGGUGCACUUAAGCCUGUACUCUAGCAUACUGUGUGUGAUUUUGAUGAGUGUGCAGCGAUACAUACAAGUGCUACAUCCUCAGAAAUGGAACAAGCUUGGCAGAAAAGGAAAGAAGAUCCUUGUGAGUGGGAUUUGGAUUCUAAGUGGCGUGUUAUCGUCCUAUGCUCUCGUACAGCGCACACUAACUACUGACAAGGAAGGACGCCUUCGGUGCAGCCCACACUAUCAUAAUAAUGUUGAAAGAGUGGCUACUUUAAUCUGGGAGAUUAUACUUUUUGUGGGUUUCUUUCCCACACUGGCUUACUUCUACUUUCAUCUUUACCGAGGAGUUAAUAACUCAGCUUUCUAUAGCAGUCGGUCAUUGACAAAGCUGGUGACCAGAAUCGUGGCAUGUUUCUUCAUUUUUUUUGUCCCGAUUCAAAUCUCCAACAUUGUGAUCAUCAUUGCCGUGUUGCUUGGAAAUGACAAUCUGUUAAGAUCUGCAAAUAAUGGUAAUAAAAUUACUGUAGCUCUGACUUUCAUUAACAGUUGUGUGGACCCCUUCCUGUACGUCUUCUCUGCUCGGGCUCUACAACAGCAAACAGAUGGAACAGAAAAUACUUAGUUCUUUCAUGAUGUAGAGGUUUGAGAGAGUUUAUGUAUUUUCACUGAUAGCCAGUGACUUGUUGCAUUUUAAAAGGAUUUGCAUAUAAUUCUGUUUAUUUUUGCAGUCUGUUGUUGUUGUUAUAUUUUUUGCACCUUUUUUGCUUUUCUGCAGCUUGAAAAGAACAGAUGAAUUUUAACUCAUUUCAAGUGAAGCUGUGGUUUAAAGUUAGGAUUUGUCAAAUAUUUACUUUGGGUAAUUUGGGUAAUGCGACAGUACAAUGACAUGAAUGUAAGUCAACUGAAGGGUGUAAACAUAUCUAAUAACUGAAACAGUUUUGUAAGAACUAAUGGUCUAUAAUUUGUCCCACUCAUAUUGCAAGUCUGAUCAGCAGCUUGAUUAAAUAUUUGGUGCAGCUUGUUGCUUGCUAAAAUACAACAUGGCCAAAAGUAUGUGCAAACAUCACCUGUACUUGGUUUCAGCACUCCCGAUCAAGUUCCAAACUGCCCCUGGAAGCAUUGUCAGCACAAGAACUGUUUGUCAGGAGCUUCAUGAAAGAGGUUUCCUGGCCAAGUAGCUGUGCAUAAGCCUAAGAAUACUAUGUGCAACACCAAAUGCACAGCGUGCAAUGAGUGGUGUAACACAUCACCAUUUGAGUCUGGAGCAGCAAAAAUGUGUUCUCUGAAGUGAUUCAUCAUGCUUCACUAUCUCGUAGUCUAACCAAUGAAUUUGUGUUUGGUGGAUAGCAGAAGAACACUAUUAGGUAGAAGAGGUGAGGAGAACCUGUUGUGGCAGGUAAGAGGAACCUACUCCAUAUUAAUGCCCAUGGUUUUGGAAUGGGAUGUUUACCCAGUACAUAUGGGUGAGAUGGUCACGUAGCCACAUACUUUUGGCCAUAUAGUGUAGUAUUGACUAAACACAUGGGUACAUAUGAACCUGGACUGUUAAUGUUAAAUUUGUUGAGUUCAAGUUUGAUAAGAAGUACAAUUGUGGGGGUGGGGGGAGUUUUUAUAUUUGGGUGCAGACCAACUGUCCCCACAAGGAGAGGAAUAUGAGACAUUUUUGUCCUGUGGGAACAUUUUGUUGGUCCCUACAAGGACAUUUUUUUUAACAAUGAAUGCAGCUUUUAUUAAAAAAAAAAAAAAACAACUAAAAGAACAAAAAAGGGCUCCUUUUGGUUACUGAGGCUAAGGUUAUGGUUACAUUUAGGUGUAGACAUUAAUUAGCUGUGUUAAUUAUUAUGUUAAUGUGUAUGUGUGUGUGCCUCCACUAUUGGAACUUAGCUGAUCGGCCUAACCUGCAGAAUCGUUUUUAUAUUGAUGACUUUAUCAGACUUUAGGUAAAAAAGUGGUUCUGUUCUGAUGCUUACAUGCUUGCAUCAAGAAAAAUAAAGCACAAUCAAGAAA